AUGACUUCGCAGUCGAAAUCCCUCCCCCAGUUGACGUCCUCUAAACUCUUCCUCACCGAGGCCGGAAUCGAAACCACCCUCAUCUACAAAAGGAAUAUCCAUCUUCCUAGCUUCUCUACUCUCCCACUUCUCAGUACAAAAGAGGGCACGAAAGCUCUUACGUCUAUCUACCAGGAUUAUAUAAAUAUUGCUCUUGCCCAUUCAACCGGCAUCGUCCUCGAAACUCGAACUUGGCGUGGCUCUCCAUCGUGGGCCUCUGAGCUUGGCCUCUCUAUCCCACAGGUCCUCGAUUUGAACCGCGAAGCAGUCAAUAUCCUCCAAGAUCUGAGACGUGAAUUUCAGACGCCAUCCACUCCUAUCGUUAUCAGUGGUACCCUUGGAACUCUUCAAGACGCCUAUAAGGAUUCUACGAUUUCUUUUUCUCGGGCGCAGGAAAACUACCGCUCCCAAGUUCAUGUCCUUGCUGAAGAAGGCGUCGAUAUGUUAUCUAUAAUGACUGUUACAAAUCUCAACGAGGGAAUCGCAGCAAUUACUGUGGCGCGAGAGUUUAAUCUCCCAAUUCACGUCUCGUUUAGUAUCGAGAUAGACGGGCGACUGCGAGGAGGAAGAACGCUUGACGAUGUAAUUCAUGAAGUGGAUCGUCUGACGGAGAACUAUACAACCUAUUUCGGGGUGAAUUGUGCGCAUCCACGUCAUAUCAUGACGGCAUUACGGGAUCUCCCCAAGGAUGUGAGGUUGAGGAUCGGGUCCAUUCGUGGGAACGCAAGCCUUAAGAGCCACGAAGAGCUUGAUAACACGCUAGUUCUAGAUCGAGGUGAUGUUUCCGUUUAUGUUGGAGAGUCUUUUGGGCUGUUAAAUUUGUUGCCGGAACUGAAAGUAGUAGGGGGCUGUUGUGGUACGGAUGAAGAGCAUCUUGAGGCCCUUGUGAGAAAGGUUAAUUCUUUUAGUUGCUAA